AUUUGGUCAAGCACACAGCGGGAGCGUCACAGGCGCCGUGGAUUGAUCGUGUACUCUCUGUUUCAAGGAAACCUGCACAUAAAUCAGAGCAACCAUGUCGGACAGAAAGGCAGUGAUCAAGAAUGCAGACAUGUCUGAGGAGAUGCAGCAGGACGCUGUGGAGUGCGCAACACAGGCCCUGGAGAAAUAUAACAUUGAGAAGGACAUUGCUGCCUACAUCAAGAAGGAGUUUGACAAAAAGUACAACCCUACCUGGCAUUGCAUCGUGGGAAGGAACUUCGGCAGCUACGUGACUCACGAGACCAAACAUUUCAUCUACUUCUACCUGGGCCAGGUGGCCAUCCUGCUCUUCAAGUCCGGCUGAGCUUCACUUAACUAAAAACGGACUGUAGUGACGAGGCUGACCAUUCCUGUACUGGGACCUGCCUUCUCACAGCGGCUUCAACUUUUGUUCUGAUUAUUGUUUAGAAAAUGCCCAUGUGAGAGGGAGAUGCCAUAAAGAAACAAUUGUAUUUAUUUUUGUUUUCUAUACAGAGUUUGAAUGUUUUGUGUCACCUCAGUUUUUUAAUUAAAGCGAAAUGAUUUGGC